AGGUAACUGCAGCCUGUGAAAUAAAGCAAGUAGGAGCAGCUUUAUUAACUACAGUCUAACCCAAGAAACAUCUAAUGAAUCUAAUAAAAAUCCGAUUUAAAUGCAGUGACCAGAACAGGAAGUGCAAAGUAUUCGGGGAAAUUAGGCACCGCCUCUCUACUGGCUUUCUUGGGGGCGUGCUCAGGUAGGGGCUAACAAUCGGUGUACAUGUCUAAGGCGGAUGCUUUAUUGUGGUGAAACACUUGCGAAAGCUACUCACAACAGCACUUCAGUCUUUUAACAGGAUGCUGAGGCGGGUUGUGAUCUGUUGGGCUCUCCUGGCCUUGGUUGGUGCAUAUGAGUGUCCAGAUGGUGGGAGAUGUGAAGAAGGCCAAACCUGCUGCAACGACCCAGCCAAUGGCUAUGAAUGCUGCCCAUUUGAUCAGGCUGAGUGUUGUGAGGAUCACACACAUUGCUGUCCUAUGGGCACAAUCUGUUAUUCAGCCAAAUCCAGCUGUGUGAAUGCUACUGUGUCCAUCCCCUGGGCAGAAAGAGCCCCUGCUGAUCAACCCGGGCUCUCCAAAUCAUUCAGGAUGAUUAAGUCAUACAUGGGCGAGGAAGAUGACAACAUCUGUCCUGAUCAGUCACGAUGUCCGCCUGAGUUUUCCUGUCUGCGGGCCUUGACGAGAUUUGGCUGCUGUCCCCUGGCUCAGGGAGUCCCUUGCUCUGAUGGAAAACACUGCUGUCCCGAGGACCACAGGUGCAGUGCAGACGGCCGCUUGUGCGUCAAAAAAGAGCUUGUGACUACAGUUCUAUGUGGUGAUGGAGUGUCAGAGUGUCCGGAUGAAACCACCUGCUGUGAAACCCCAGAAGGCAAGUGGGGUUGCUGCCCCCUGCCAAAGGCUGUGUGUUGUGAGGAUAAGCUACACUGCUGCCCUGAAAGCAGCACAUGUGAUGUUGAACAUUCCAAAUGUAUUUCCUUAACCACCAAAAAAGAAAUGCCAAUGUGGGCAAAACUCCCUGCCAGGGUAAGGGCAGAGUGGGAGAACCAGAAAGGCAAACAACCUACUGCACAGGCAGUUGAUAAUGGUGGAUCUGAAAAAUCCCCUGAAGUCACCACUGUGAAUAAAGUUCCUCCUUCAGAGAAGGAAGUAAUUGUAUCAUCUGUCACAAAGGCAGCUGGGGGCAAUGAUGUCAACUGCAAUGAUACGGUAGCCUGUCCAGAUGGGAGCACAUGCUGUAAAACCAAAGAUGGAGACUGGGCCUGUUGUCCUCUUCCAGAGGCUGUUUGUUGUGAAGACUUUAUACACUGCUGUCCAAACGGUCAGAAAUGUAACCUAGCUGCUGGGACAUGCGAUGACGGCAAAAGCUCUGUGCCGUGGAUGGAGAAGGUACCUGCAGUCUCCAAGCAGGGUGCACAGGUGCAGGAUGUUCCAUGUAACUCCACUGUUAGCUGUCGAGAUGGGAGCACAUGCUGUAAAAACAAAGAUGGAGACUGGGCCUGUUGUCCUCUUCCAGAGGCGGUUUGUUGUGACGACCAUGAACACUGCUGCCCUUCUGGUUGUACCUGUGACUUAACCACGGCCACAGUCGUUUGUCAGUGCGCCUCAGGCUCAACUCCCACGAAACAGAAGACGCCUGCAUUUGCUACAGCAGCACCCGUUACAGUUGCCACUACGACUCAAAGUCAGUUGACAAGCACAGUGCAAACAGAGGGGGAGAAGAUGGAGAUGAAAACACCGGAGACAGAAGAAGACAAGGAGAAUAAAGAAGAGGAGGGCAGAAUUCAGUGCGAUGCCCACACCAGCUGCCCUCAGUACAGCACCUGCUGCUUAAUGACCUCAACUCAUAAGUGGGGCUGUUGCCCGCUGCCAGAGGCGGUGUGCUGUGCUGAUGGGAGCCACUGCUGUCCCGCCCACUACAAAUGCAAUGAGGAGAAGACCACGUGCACUAAAGGGGAUGUGGUGAUCCCAUGGUACACCAAGCUUCCAGCCUCCAGCAGCGUUCAGACUGACGCCAGCUCUGUGCAGUGUAAAGACCUGAGUCACUGUCCUGAGCACAACACCUGCUGCCAGCUCUUCACGGGCGAGUGGGGCUGCUGCCCUCUGCAAAAUGCGGUGUGCUGCAGCAACAUGAAGCACUGCUGCCCCUCUGGCUAUACCUGUAAUGAAGAUGGCACCUGUGCCCAGAACACCUGGCUUCGCUGGCAUAGCUGGUAUAUGUUCCUCUCCAACAAAAAGAGAGCUCUACUUUUGUGAACAUCAAACCUGCACUGCCAUUUAAUUAUGCAUGCAGUACACUGAUGAAAGAUAAUACAAAGGGAUUUUAUGAUAAUUUUUUAAAAUAAAUACUUUGCUCUUAAAAUAGGGGACUGUGAUAGUGAAAGGGACACUGGAAUUGAAUUGCACUUAUAAUGUUUUGUGUUCUUAAAGUUGCAAGUUUCUAUCUAUUCAUGUAAAUCAUAUCAGGUCAUGAAUAGGUGGAUAACUCUUUAUAAAAGCCAGAUAGAUCCUUGUUAUACCAAGAACACAAUUUGCUACUUGACACUCUAGUCUAUCCACAGUAAACAGAACUGAAACACUCCACAGGCGUUAUGAUGUUAUUCACUGUCAAUCAUCUUUUCUGUCACUGUAUGUUCUGCUUCAACUGCCUCUAAUCAUAACUGCAAUAGUAAUAAUUUGGAGCACACAGUAAUUCUGCAGUGUGAUUCCACCUCACGAUGAAGGUACAGUUGAGUUUGUGUCUUCUAUUCACUCUGACAGUUUCACAAUUCAUUAAAGUACAGCAGUUUAUCUGAGAGGUUAGAUCAUUUUGGGGAAUCUAAUGAGUAAUUAAUGUGUCAUCUUCCUGGAAUGAUUUUAAAAUCUUAAGUGUUUUGAUUUUGUGCAUUUUAUGUUCAUUUGUUUGCCAUGAGACAAACAUGCUUGGUGCUUGGUUGGGCAGUCAGAGAGCUACAAUUUCCAUAAAACCAAUAAACAAGAUAUGACAUUACAACA